AUCAUAGAACGUUAUACGAUUUAGAAGAAAAAUUAAAAUUGGAACAAAACUGAUUAAAACUGUUAGACUUGCAUUCGAGUGUGUGGGCGAAAAAGCCUUUCAUUAGUACAAAAUUUAAAAAACAAUCAGAUUAAAGACAUUUUUUGAUAGUAAUUAUACAAGUUUUGUAAUAACGGAGGAGGAGAAGAAGAUCAAGAGAAUUUUGGCUGAUAUUGUGCCAUGGGAUUAGAAUAUGAUAGUUUAGCAGAUUAUUCGCUGCAGGAAUCACCGUUUUAUGAGUCAACUUUAGAUAUUUAUGACAUGUCAGCCACACAGCUGAGUGGAAAACUGGGAUCAACGUUGAAACGAAAGAAAAAUAAGAAAGUGACGUUUUUAACGAGUGUACAGAGUUAUGACAUCCCGCCGAUCGUCAUCAAGGAAGAACCCGAAGAUGCGCAAUACAUUCAAAAAGUGCCAAGUUUAUCGGAUCUCUCUGAUCCUGAAGCAUCCCUCGGAGAUGUUCCAACACAAAUGCCCCCUUUGACUCCCGGUACAAACAAAAAAUUGACAGAAGUCCUAAAUGCCUCGUUCGCGUCAUGGGAAAAAGAAGUUCAAUCAUUCAAAAUAACCAAAGAUCCACGACAAUGGACUCCGGAACACGUCGUGAUUUGGCUGAAUUGGGCAAAACGGGAGUUUUCGUUAGAAUUUGAGCCGUUCCUCAAAAUGCACGGGCGUGAUAUUAUUGGCUUGGGGCGAGAAGGCUUUCUUGCUGUUGCGCCUCCGUUCACGGGUGAUAUUCUUUGGGAGCAUCUGGAAAUAUUGCAAAAAGAAUGCGAAAAAUUAGCUGAUACAGUACCUUAUGACAAUAAUUGCGGCGGGCAGGAUUUCAGUGACUUCAAUGCGAAUGCAGGCUGCCAGAGACUGGGCAACAACCAAUUAGGUCAAGAUUAUUCAACGAUAAAUUCAAGCGGUUACUCAUCGAUUGCUGAACGAAGCAAUGGAUCGCCGUCUCCUUUAGCUCCCGCACAAAUUUCCGGCGCUAAUGUACAAAGUGGCAAUAAUAAUGCUCAACAACAACAGUCUUACAUGCAAAUGGUUGCGAGUCAGCAGCAGCAGCAGCAGCAACGAAGCACGUCACAAUAUCUCUCAAAUGGCCAUCAAGUGAAGGAAGAAGCUGGCACGAAUUCGUAUCCGACGAGCGACGAUCACAGCGUCAAUUUUGGCGUCGUGUCGCAUCAGUCGCAUUACGGCGACGAACAAUCCGAGUACACGUCAAUUGGCGGCGGCGGCGAACAAUCAAAUUCCCAACCAAACUCCUACAGUCUCGACGGAAGUCCCGAUUUUUAUUCCGGCAUGAUGGAUCAAAAGUAUGCGGCGGCGCAACCUCCGCCCUCGCUGUACAACAAGAGAUACGCGAAUCGAUCGUAUCACGAAUAUCACGAGUACGGGAACAUGUCAACGGGAUCUUAUGAUACGCCGCCAUUCCAAACGGUGCCGGGAAGCGGAGCGCCCAAUGGAGGAGAUCAAUGGGGACCGUUACAUGCGCAUCCGGAAUUUCAAUCGCAUCCUGCUUAUAUGGCGACAAUGGGAUUGGAUAAGGGCAUGUUGGGUACGUAUGGCGCUCAAGGAGGCACGCCAUGCUUUACGGGAUCUGGCCCGAUUCAGUUGUGGCAAUUUUUACUUGAACUACUCACGGAUAAGCAAUGUCAGAGUUUCAUCACGUGGACCGGAGAUGGAUGGGAAUUCAAACUUGUUGAUCCUGAUGAGGUUGCUCGUCGUUGGGGAAUCCGCAAAAACAAACCAAAAAUGAAUUAUGAGAAACUUAGUCGAGGAUUAAGAUAUUAUUACGACAAAAAUAUCAUUCACAAAACCACUGGACGACGAUAUGUUUAUCGAUUCACCUGCGACAUCCAAUCCCUGCUGGGCUACACACCCGAAGAAGUACACGCAAUGGUCGACUUUAAGCCAGAAAAGAAGGAUGACGAGUAAACCCGUUGCUCUUCCUUUCAACCGCUUUAUUGUGCUUCCUUCCUUCCUUCAUUAUGUGAAAAUCCCCUUUGAUGCCCCCACGAUUUUAUACCGUACAUGCUCAAUUGUUAAUUUGGAGUUCGUUUCAUCAAAAAAAAUUAUGUCGGCAUUGUCCGAUGGUGCCUUAAAUCUCUAAAAUUUGAAAAAAUAAAAAGAAAAUUGUAUAAAAAAAACCAUUUCCCCACUGAAAAACUGACGCAGAAAAAAAUCGUAAAGCUUUGUGAUAAGUUUAAAGAUAUAAAAAAAUAAUUUUAAUUUUUUUCGCUUUUGUUAUAAGUUAAAUUUAUAUCAGAAUCUACUUAAGAAUUUUCGUCGACAAGCAAUUGUUUAUUAUUAGACGUUAGAUAAAAUUUAGAAAAAAAAUAAUUGAAACUGAGUCAAUAUAUAGAAUGUACUAUUAUUUUAACAUCGACCAUUUUCACACAAACACAUAAAAAAAAUCAUUUUUUUAUUAUUUUCAGAUUUGAUCUCUAAUGUAUGUCAAGCAAAUGUUAAUAUUAUUAUUAAACAAAAAAAAAAUCAAUGUGAAAAUUGUGUACCAAAAAAUAAAUCAUUUGUAUCAUGAUGUGUAUUUCCAGGAGAUAUCGUAAUAAAUAAAUGUAAUAAUCUAAAAUAUUUAAAAAAAAAAUUGCAAUCGGAAUGAUCAAUUCGAUCCGACGAUCAAGAGAGAUCCGCUUGAAUUGAUCAUUUCGAUUGGCGACGUGAAUUUUUUUCGUCGUGCAAAUUAGUUUUAAGCAAGAUAAAUAUAUAGAAUAUUAUUAAAUAAAGUAAUAAUAUACUUAGCGUAAUUUUAGUUUAACCCAUAUUGGAAAAAAAUAUUUAAAUUUAUGAAUAAAA